UUUUUUUUUGUUUUGUUUUUGGAUCCCCACCUGGAAGGUGAAACAAAUGUGAAUAAUAAUGACUAAAGAAGCUGUCAAAGCUCAUCUAAUAAUAAACCUUUUCAGGGGUUGUUUGUAGACUCACUUAUGUGUUGACCUGUUUCUGUGAUCAGCAUUUAACACUAUAAAGCAGCACAUCUUUGUUUCCAGUCUCUGUUCUGCGCAUGUCUAUAUAAGUAGAGAGGAAACUGUCCUGAAUGUAUAUCCUGAAUAAACAUACAUUAACCCUUGUUUAAAACAAGAUGUCCUUCCCUUCAAAUGCAACAUGGUAGUUAAAACACGGAAAUUUAAUUAUGGCUCCUUAACAUAAAGCGUCUAUGAGAUUUAGGCGUUAUUACACAAGAUAAACCGGCCGCCGAUGACUCUCCGACCUUUACUGUCGCCAUCUGGUUAGCUUCCCGUGAUUGGUCAAAGCCUCUUGUCUCCACCCUCUUCUGAUGACUACGGACAAAUCUGAUUGCCGAGAGAGCUCCAUGCCAACGGGUCGGACUGUGGGCGGAUCAACGUUCAGACACAGGUAUGGAUGGACAGAGCAUUGUCUGAAAUACAACAAGAUCACUAUAACGCUGAGGACAAAAAUGGGACUAAACAAGAAAGCGGCCAAACACAGACUGUCGCAUGAAACAGAAAGAGAGUUUGGAGGAACUCUGGGUGCUGUGUGCAUUCCCAUUUUUCUCCCGCUGACUGUGCUCUUCCUGAUCUGUGUAAGUCAAUCACCUGAGGCCAAUGUCUUCCAGUUGCCACCUCGGCUCCCCACCACUGACCAGCUGUGGGACCCGCUGGCUCCCAUGCUGCUGCUGGGAUGGAUUGGACUGCAUGCGCUCCUCUAUAUGAUGCCACUAGGAAAGGUCUCUGAAGGAUUAGUACUAAGGAAUGGAACCCGCCUCAAGUAUCCCAUAAAUGGUUUUCACAGCCUGUGCAUCAGCGCCGUGUUACUGAUGCUGUUGCUGGGGUUCGGCGCUCCUCUGGGAUAUCUGUUUGAGCUGCUCGUGCCUCUGGCGGUGUCUGCCAUAGCCGUUUCAUUCCUGCUCUCCAUCUACCUCUACGUCCGCUCUUUUUGGGCCCCCUCCCAUGCUCUCGCCUUGGGGGGCGACACAGGAAAUCCGCUGUAUGACUUCUUCAUCGGGCGGGAGCUGAACCCUCGGGUCGGAAACUUUGACCUGAAGUAUUUCUGCGAACUCAGGCCAGGUCUGAUUGGUUGGGUGGUCAUAAACCUAGGGAUGCUGAUGAAGGAGGUGGAACUUCGAGGAUCUCCCUCCCUCUCCAUGAUCCUGGUCAACUGCUUCCAGCUGCUUUAUGUAGCAGAUGCUUUGUGGAAUGAGGAGGCUGUUCUAACAACCAUGGAUAUUGUGCAUGAUGGUUUUGGGUUCAUGCUGGUGUUUGGUGACCUGGCCUGGGUCCCUUUCACCUACAGCCUGCAGGCGUCCUUCCUGGUCGUGCACCCACAGACCCUGUCUUUGCUCAAAGCCGCCGUUAUAGUGGCGCUGAAUGGUGUUGGAUAUUACAUUUUCCGCAGAUCCAAUUCGCAGAAGAACCAGUUCAGACGAGACCCGACUCACCCAAGCGUUUCAGGACUGGAGACCAUUGCCACAGCAACAGGGAAACGGCUGCUGGUGUCAGGCUGGUGGGGUCUCGUUCGUCAUCCCAAUUACCUCGGUGACCUCCUCAUGGCGCUGGCGUGGUCCCUGCCAUGUGGCUUCUCUCAUGUCUUGCCUUACUUCUAUGUGAUUUACUUCACCAUCCUGCUGAUUCACCGGGAGGCCCGGGAUGACAGGCAGUGCAGAGCCAAGUACGGACUCGCGUGGGACGCCUACUGUCGCCGGGUUCCCUACAGGAUCUUCCCGUACCUGUACUGAAAGAGGACGGAACCUAAAGGAAAGGUGGUGCUCAAGCUCAGGUUGAAUCGAAGUGGAAAUCAAAUUUGAAUUGCACGGACUAAAAGUGGUAGCUGUUACUCCUACGGGGGAACCUACCAAUUGAGUUCAGCGCUUAAAUAAGCCCUGAUUUAUAAAUGAUAGCACACUAUGUAUAAUUCCUUCUAUUCUGACUUUAAAAACCUGAGGAUUAGACUGUAGGCUGGGCCAAUCAGCAACAUGCAUCUCCUUAUGUAUAUAGUUAUGUGAAAAUAUAUUUUACCAAGAGAAAAAAAGUGCCUUUUUAUUCAAGCAAUAUUACAACCGUUUGUGUUACAAUGUCAGUGAAAUGUAUUGAUGGCAGUAAAAUAUAUUUGGAAUAAAUAAACAUGGCAAACUAA